AUGUCAUGGUCAGCGGUGCAUGACACACCCUGCAGACAGUCCGCGUCGCAAAGUCAGAAAACUUCAACUCGACGAGAUCUUCAUCCCGAAUCCAAUUUAGAUCUUGUCGGCGAAUAUUUGUCCAAGGUGCGAAUGGGGCGCCGUGCAAUAAGCGGCACAUGGAACAGUAGCAAAAUGUCAUGCCGUAUGCUGGUUCGGAGCUGGAGUAUGCAACUUGGCCGCAGUAGCAGCCGCCUUGUACUGCUGGUUUUGUCAUUAUGCGAUUUUAUGCGUGAUGGGGAGUUUGCAGGUCAAUUUGGAUGA